GGUUGUCAAUGCAUUGUUUCUAUAUUUUUAUUCACUGUGUUGACAGUUCGGACAGAUGCACUUAAUAGUUCAUCUGUUGAGUGUUUUCUCUAGGCCUAAUGCAUGCAAGAGAUCAAAGUUCACUUGUCGAUACUUUCUUUCAAAGCUAGAUCUAUGUAGGCUACACGUGUACAUUGAUUAAGUUAGAGACUAGGGCUGGGACGAGUCCAAAUUUACUACCCGGGUACAUACACCCCUAUUACCCGACCCUACCCGGGUACUCGCUGUUGGUGUCAAGAGAAAGUGGAUGCUCAUUUGAAACUAUGGCCGACGACUUGCCAGCAUGGUUAACCUACAAGCCCGGCGACCAGCUUGAGAAGCCAGUGGAUACAAACAUCACAGGGACAAUCCCACAAUGGGUGACGGGGACCCUGUACCGGAAUGGGUCUGGGAUGUUCAAGGUAGGGGAGACAACUGUGAAGCACCUGUUUGAUGGCCUGGCUGUCCUUCACAAGUUCACCAUCAAAGACGGAAAAGUUCAGUAUCAGAAUAAGCUCUUGGACACUGAGACACUUGGAAAAUGCCUGAAGGCUAAUCGACUAGUCAUUGGUCAGUUUGCAACAGCUGCAUACCCAGAUCCCUGUAAGAGCAUCUUUGCGAGGUUUUUCUCCUAUUUUUCCCGGGAAAUGACAGACAACACAGCAGUGAACAUCGUCCCCCAUGGCGAUAUGCUACUUGCCUUUACGGAGUCCUCAAACAUCAAUAUUGUCAAUCCCGAGACACUCACAAGGAAAGGAUCGAUACCCCUUGGGCACAUUGUGGCGGUGCACAUCGCCACGGCUCACCCACACAUGGACUUUGACGGCACCAUGUACAACCUGGCAACAUCAUUCAACCAGAAGCAGGCAUACAGCAUUGUGAAGGUACCUCCAAAAGAAAGAGGGGGAGACAACCCCUUCACCCGGGCAUCCCUGGUGUCAACCAUUCCAUCUCGCUGGAAGGUGAACAUCGGCUACAACCACAGCUUUGGGAUGUCGGAGAACUACUUUGUUGUCCUGGAACAGACUCUGGUUGCCAACCUCUUGAAGUUGUCUGUAAUGAACAUCUGGGGGGCAGCAUUUGAAACAUGCAUGGAUAACUAUCCUGAGGAGAAGUCUUUGAUUCAUCUUACUCGUCGCUCGGAUGGAGAGACGAUCACGACACAGUAUAAUGCGGAUUCUUUCUUCUGCUUCCACUUCAUCAACUGCUAUGAGGAAGACAGGCAUCUGGUCAUCGACCUUUGUGCCUUUGACAGUGGGGAAGCUGUGCGUGACCUUUACCUUCACUCCAUCACGCAGAAGGAGCCAAAGUGGGAAAAUGCCAAAGUGAGACGUUACGUUCUGCCACUGGAUGUCGCGAAGGCAGAAUCUGGCAAGAAUCUGGUGACGCUGUCCGACACAUCAGCUACAGCGGUCAAACAGCCGGACGGCUCCAUCUUCUGUACCCCUGACUACAUCACCGGAGAUUCAUCUAAAGCUGUAUUAAUGGAACUUCCAAGAAUCAACUAUGCCUACAACACAAAGAAAUACAGAUAUGUGUAUGGAACCGAAUUCUUGACAGACAAGGCCAAGCUGACCAAGCUGGACCUGAAGACCAAGACCUGUGUUCACUGGCAAUCUGAGGAUCAGGACCAGCCUGGGGAGCCAGUCUUCAUUGCUCGCCCUGAGGGCACAGAGGAGGACGAUGGUGUAAUUCUGUCCCCUGUAUUCCCGAUGAAACCAGACCUCAAGGCCUUCCUCCUGGUGCUUGAUGGGAAGACAUUCAAGGAACUGGCGAGAGCAGAGACGCCCCCUGGUGUCAAGAUGCCGAUCACAUUCCAUGGGUCGUUCAUACCCUGAGGGAAACUUGAACCAAAGAUAUCACUAUGGCAUUGAAAGCCACAGUUGGCAGUAAUUUCUUAGCUUUACUUCACAAUAAGUUGUGGGAAUACGUCCCGCUUGUCCAACUGAAAAAGAUGUUUUGUAAGCAUUACUUUGUUGAUUUUUCUUGAUGUGUAUUUAAUUUUUUUAUAUUUGCUUUUUAUUACAUUUUUGCAUGACCAACCUCUUAUCAUAUGUAUUUCUGUGUUACAAUGAGCUAGUAUUAUUUUGCAUCGCCUAACCUCUUAUCAUACUUUUGCAUUGUUACAAUGAGGUGGUAUUAUUUAUACCCUGAGGAAAAGACUUGGACCAGGAAGUUUCCAUGGCAGUGUCCUGUUGGCAUUAGUGAUAUGGAAGAAAAGCAAUGAAAUCAGCUUAGAACAGCAUUAUCUUAAUAAUUUGAUUUGCAAAUUCAAUUUCCUGGUAUUCAAUUAAAAUAGAAACAAGUAUUUACCUAAAUAUUCUGUCCUCUUACAGAAUGUGUAUGUAGCAGUAACUGUCUCAGGGCUUGCACGAUACUGACUUGUAUUUUAACAUUGUCAGCAAGGGAAAUACAUGUGAUCUAAGUUGAUGACAUAAGUUAUCGAUAGAAACAAACAGUUUUAAUCCACUAGUCCUUAUUAUGAUAGCAUUAUGCAAAACCCUUAAAACGGGCAAAUUUCUACUAGUCCUUAUGAUACCUUAACUAUUUGGCCGUUUGGCAAGGACGAUAGGACAAGUGCCUAUUGUAAGUAUGACCUGAACAUUAAUGUAAUAACCCUUUGUUAUCCACACCUUAUUGGGCAGUUGGGUAGCCUAGUGGUUAAAGCGUUUGAGUGUCACGCUGGAGACUGCUCAUGUUACACUAUGCUGUAGUGUUUGUGGAAAUGGUAAAGCAAGUUCAGGUUUGUAUGUUUUGAUACAGCAUUAUUAAAAGCAUCUCAUGUUCCACUGACACUGGUGUCUGUAAGACAUUGAUUAUGCUGUAGUGUUUGUGGAAUCGUUAAUACGGUUGUGUUCAUUAAUUCAGUUAUAUGAUCAUAAACCAUAUGAUAAACAAAAUAUGUAUGUCAGGUUUCAGUAUCCAACAAGAGUGCCGUCAGUUUAAAUCACAUCACGAUCACAACACACUGAGUUGUAUUCAGAAGUGUCAUUGCCAUCAUGUUCGAUAAUGCCAUAAUUUUCAACUACACAAGUCGGUAAAAUCUUGUUUAUUCAGAUGCAUUUUGUCUGGAACGGCAACUUUAUAAAAACAAUUGUUGUAUACACUUGUUAUGCAUGUUUUCAAAACAUUUUGAUGAUAAUUGUUAUGAAUCUUGUGGAUGAGGACAUGGAGCAAUUUAAAUAUAUUAUGAUGUUUGUAGCCAUUUGUUCUAUUUACAAGUGACCAACUAUUUAAGCUCAGUUAUUUGUGUGACAAAUUGUGGACUUUUUGCUGGGGAAAAUCACUUUCAUAUUAGUUAAAGUCAUUAUUUUACAUAAAGUUUACAUCCUUUAUAUUACAUAUUAUUGCUGACCAAAAUGGAAUAUACCCCACAUUUUUUAGUAAUAUUUUACAUAUUUUGAAUUGUAAAACAAUGUUAAUAAUGAAACAUGUUUAUAUUUUUCUUGUUUUCACAUGAUAAAGCAACUUUAGUUUUCAUAUUUUUAUACAGCAUUAUUUAAAGCAUUAUGUUCCUGAUGAAAUGUGUGUAUUGUAAUUGAAUAUGUUUAUUGAUUGGCAUGUACUAUGAAGUGUAUGGGGACAGCAGUGACUUGUGUAAGGAAUGAGUUAAAGAGAGAUGUACUUUGGCAAUUAUCUUCACGGCGCAGUGGGGUGGCCUAGUGGUUAAAGCUUUCGCUUGUCACGCUGAAGGCCCAGGUUUCGAUUCCCCACAUGGAUUCAAUGUGUGAAGGUCAUUUCUGGUGUCCCCUGCCGAGAUAUUGCUGAAAUACUAACUUAAUCAUUAAAAAGACAUGUGUUACUUUUUCGCAUGAAGAUUCAAUCUCAUUAAAAUCAGAUCUUGAUGCUCGCUACUGCUACACAUAGAUCUGAGGACAUACCAUUACAGGUCACUUCUGAACAAUGUUUUGCCAACUCUGACUGACCAAAGACUAACAAGAAGUCGACAUUAGUCUAUCAGAAAGCAGCUUUCUGGUUCUUUAUUGCACAAUUUUCAAACUGGUGAGACUUUCAUUCCUGAUUUUUAUACGCUUUGAAAAAUAUCUAUUCAAAAUUUGAAAACUGAACAAACGACAAUUCUGGAAUGUCUAACAGAUGGUCGAGAUUAUAUGACAGCAAUUCAAAAGUCUCGUUCAUUGCAAAUGUUUAUCCCAUUGAAGCAAGAGAUAGACGAUGACUUUGAUCAAAUCCGUCGUACAGCCCGUAACUGUUGUUUGAAAUAUGCAGUGUGAAACUAUUCAAGGUUGCAUGAUUAGAAAACAGUUCCGAAUGUAAAUAAUAAGAGCCAUGGCAUUGUAUUGUUGUGUAAAAUGUUAUACACCCUGACAUUUCUGAGUGCAAUUGAUUCUACACCCAAAGGUAUUCUGUAGUGUUUUGUGUUAUCAUCGAAAUGCCUGAAUCAUGGUUGUAUCGAAUUGAAGCCAAAUUGUUAAGGAAAGCUGACAGUAACCCACCCACCUUCAUUUAGACUGGGUGCUCAAAGUUUAAGGUUCACCUGACACAACCUGUGGAGUGAUGGAUUGUCAGAUCUUCAGGCAGAGAGGUAUCAUGUAGGAGUAAACAUCUGAGGUUAAUUAUAUUUGUGCUUUAGCAUUGUAUUUAAUAUUUUUAGGAAGGGGUCAUGUUGGGUGUAAUUGAUCUUGGACACUUUUCUUUACACAGAAACAUUCAUGGCUCUAGGCUGUUCUACAGAAAUCUACCCAUUGUUCAAUAUGUUGAGUGACUUUAUGAUGAUUCCUUGUCAAUUUAGUCAAUAUCUCAGUUGACUUUGAAAAUGACUUCAUUGAUCAAUGACAAUCUGUAUUUAAUACACAGCUUUAAUAUAUUAAAUGUUUGUUGUCAUAAAUCUCCUUUGUUGCUA